AUGUCCGCGUUCUUGGUCGCGCCGGCGAAUGCUCUCCUCCGCCCUCCUCAAUUCCCAUCCUGUUCCUCCGCUCGGGCCGACGUGGUGGCAUCCCCUGUCAUCCCCCAGACGGAGGAGCAGCGAUGGCGGCAGCUGCUGGUCCCGCUGCUCGCUGGCUGCCGGGACAUUCCUCGGCUGAAGCAAAUCCACGCCCUCGUCCUGAGGAGUAGUACUACAUGCAUCCCCUCCGCCGCUUCCUCGGCCAGGGACUUCAUCUUCCUGUACAGUCGCAUCCUCCACGUCGCCGCCUCCGACGCUGCCGACCUCCACUACGCGACGCGGGUCCUCAAUCACCUCCUCCUCCUCGACGACUCCGGCGCCGUCCACCUGCCCACCGCCUCAUCCUUCUUCUGGAACACCCUCAUCCGAGCCCACGCAAGGUCGUCCCACCACCAGCAUGCUGCCGUCGACCUCUACCGCCGCAUGCUCCUCGACGGCCGCGUCCCACCGGACAAGUACACCUUCCCCUUCGUCCUGAGGGCCUGCGCCUACCUGUUCGCGCUCCCCGAGGGAGAGCAGGUCCAUGGCCACGCCGUCAAGCUUGGUCUCGCCCCCGACGUCUACGUUGCCAACAGCCUUGUCCACUUCUACGCGACCUGCGGACGCCUGGAGCUCGCCUGCCGGAUCUUCGACGGAAUGAGCAACAGAUCUCUCGUGUCCUGGAACGUCAUCAUCGAUGGUUUCGUCGCCGGUGGCCGCUACGAGGACGCCCUAGACCUAUUCCGGGAGAUGCAGCGCGAGUUCACCCCGGACACUUUCAGCAUGCAGAGCCUCAUAGGCGCCUGCGAAGGUCUGGGAGCGCUGUCUCUGGGAAUGUGGGCUCACGCCUUCAUGUUGAGGAGGUGCGGCGGCGAUGUGCCCGGCGACGUCCUGGUCAACAACUCCCUUCUGGACAUGUACGCGAAAUGCGGCUCCCUGGUUCUAGCACGUCAAAUGUUCGAUAGAAUGCCGUCCAGAGAUGUGGCCUCCUGGAACGCCAUGAUUCUUGGCUUUGCCAUGCACGGCCUCGCCAAGGAGUCGAUUCAGACUUUUGCAAGCAUGCAGGAAGAGGACGGCGUGAAGCCCAACGAGAUCACCUUCAUCGGAAUCCUCAGCGCGUGCAAUCAUGGAGGUCUGGUGAGCGAGGGCCGCACACACUUCACCUCCAUGGCCAGCGUGUACGGAGUCGGACCCAGGAUCGAGCAUUACGGCUGCAUGGUGGACCUCCUGGCCCGUGCCGGGCUCGUCGACGAAGCUCUGGACCUCGUCUCCACGAUGCCCUGCAAACCCGACGCGGUGAUCUGGAGGAGCCUCCUUGAUGCUUGCUGGAAGAGCAAGGCCGGGGUGGAGGUCGGCGAGUCGAUGGCGAGGAGGGUUUUCGAGAUGGAGGAAGAAGAGAGCUUGACCAGCGGCGCCUUCGUGCUCCUCUCAAGGAUCUACGCCUCCGCCAACCGAUGGAACGAGGUAGGGUUAGUGAGGAAGCUGAUGAGUGAACAGGGGAUCAGGAAAGUCCCAGGCUGCAGCUCCAUAGAGGUGGGCGGCGCCGUCCAUGAAUUCCUCGCCGGAGACACCCGCCACCCCCAGUCGGAAAAGAUAUACGCCAUGCUGCGGGUGAUGGAAGAACGGGUCGGGCUUGUCGGCUACGCCGCCGAUCUGUCGCAGGCGCCGAUGGUGGCCGAGCACGACGACGAGCGCCGCCGCUCGCUGCGGCUCCACAGCGAGCGGCUCGCCAUCGCGUUCGGGCUCAUCAGCGCGCGGCAGCCAGGGGCGUCCAUCCGCAUCUUCAAGAACCUCCGCGUGUGCAGGGAUUGCCACGAGAUGACGAAGCUCGUCACUCUCGCCUUCGGCGUGGAGAUCAUCGUUCGAGACCGCACCAGAUUCCAUCAUUUUAAAGAUGGUCUCUGCUCCUGCGCGGAUUACUGGUGA